AUGGCUGACACGAACCUUCUCGCAUGGGGAGUUCCCCGUCUGUCCCAGAUCCUCCCCCUGGACGAAGAAUCCCUCAGGCAGAUUCUCAGCUACGCUGCCAGCCUAUCCAAAGACGAAGGCGCCGAGCAUCUCAAAAACCUCCUGGGUGAUUCCCCCGCCGCAUUCGAAUUCAUCGCCUCAUUCAGUGCCCGACGAGAAUCUCCUGCACCGCACCCUCGAGCUGUCGACUCCGCUUCCUCCACCAGAACCUCGAGCCCAGCCGCGGGUACUCCGUCAAAGAAGGGCAAGAAGACGAAACCCCCGCUUCACAUCGCUGGCCCUGUCCGCCAACCGGAGAACUUCGGCAAUGUAACCGGGGGAUAUAGGAAAGCAGAUCAGGAGGAGCAUUACAUGUCUGCAUCGUCGUCGCGAGGGAUCGGGAAAGAGAAGCAGACAGGUGGCGUAGAAAAAGGAUCGGAUGCGCGACUUACUACCCAGUUUCUUAUACCCUCAUCUCGGGAGGACUCCUCCGCCUCCUCGUCACCGGCGCCAUCCCCUGUCCCAAAGUCAGUUAACACAAGUAAAAACCCACCAUCCGCGUCGGGACCGGUGAUCUCGGAUCUUCUCCCGAAUGUGAAGUCGAAGACGGCGAAGUCAUCGUCGUCUUCUUCGAGACAUGGACAUGGACACGGCGGCACAGGUGCAUCGAAGGGCUCCCUAACGACGACGAAUAUCUCGGAUCUGACGGCUGCGAUCGCCGCCCUGGAGGUGUCCACCAACCCAACACUCAGUGGUGAAGGCCAAAAUUGCAAUUGCUACGCUACAUUACACCCACUCUUCGAUCCUGCGCCUAACUGUCUCAAUUGCGGGAAGAUAAUCUGCUCGCUGGAAGGUCUACAGCCGUGUUCAUUCUGCGGGACGCCGCUCCUAUCGAGCGACGAUAUACAGAGUAUGAUCCGGGAAUUACGAGCAGAGCGAGGACAGGAGAAAAUGCGCGCCCAUAACGAAGGUAUCCACCAUGGGGGGGGACCGGGGCUCGGCGGUAGUGGUGGCUCGAGCAAGCUGGACGCAGCCAAGGUGCAUCGGGACCGAUUGCUUCAGUUCCAGGCGCAGAACGCCAAACGAACGCGGGUCGUGGAUGAGGCGGCGGACUUCGAGACACCGAAUGUUGCAUCGACGCUAUGGAUGAGCCCUGCGCAGCGGGCACUUGCAUUGAAGAAGCAGCAGCGCAUCCUGCGCGAAAUGGAAGACAAAGCGCGUCCCGAAUGGGAGAAAAAGCAGACCAUCAUGAGUUUGGAUAUCAAAGGCGGUCGGCUGACCAGGGUUUAUCACUCGGCUGGACUGGCGGAGCCGAGCCCAUCUGCAGAGGAGCAGGAAGAGCAGGCUCAAGUGGAAGAGACUCUUGGUCAUGACACGGGGAGAACAAGCAACGACGAAGCGUUCAGUCGUAACCCCCUUCUAGCGGCCGGAGGACUCUUACGGCCGGUAUGGAAGGGGGCGGAUGGUAAAGUCUCGGAAAACACGGCACGCAAAGAGCGACAACAGACGUGGCGCCGUGUUCAGGACGAUAACGAUGAUAAUGAACAAUGGAUCUUAGAUGGUGGAGCAUACGGAUACGCUUAA